AUGGGUAGGCUGGGCCAGAGAUACGACUCCGAAUGGGAGGAAGUAAAGCUUAUCAAUGGCUAUGCCAUGCUUCUGGCAUACACGUUGUUCGCAAUCAGGGGCAUAGGCUUCCUGGUGUUUACAUGGAGCACGGUGGUUCUUCUCGGUGGCUUCGUCUCUAUGAUAGACAAGGUGGAUUUUGGGCGUCUCACUCUGAUUACCCUCAUACAGAUACUCUGGAUUGAGCCCUCUUUCAUUGAAAGGUUCGACCCUUAUGGUGCUCAGUCCUCAAGCUUGACGAUGAAGAAUCUAUUGACGAGCAACUCGCAGCUGGCUGAUGCAGUGGUGAAUCGAGUUGUUGCAGUCGUUCUUCUAGUUCUAUCGCUGGUUCAAAGUACGGUGUUGAUCAUGUGUAUCGCCUCUGCGCCGUUCUUCCUGUUCCUUGGGAUGCUCAUCACCGCUUGGAUUUCGGUACGCGGUCUAAUGGACCAUGACCAUUACGGCGACACGGAUGAGGGUAGAGUAAACAUGGAUCCGGCGCAUAACGUCUUGUACACCAUGUGUGUGGCCCAAAGUGCCUUGUGGCUGUGUAGAAUCAUGUUGCUGUUUUUGGAGGAGAGGGUAGUGAAACAAGUGAGCCAAGCAUACGGCUUCCAAGAUGGUGACCGUGCAGUUUUAGGCUACCUGGGCGAAGUCAGGAAGGGGUGCUUCAAGAACAUAUCAUCUGCCAGAGAGAGGAACCUCAUCACAUAUGCUGUAGAACUCAUGGAGUCCAAGUCGCCUCAUAGCUAUCUUUCCGGGGCACUUAUACUGGACAGACUACUCACCCGGCAGCAUUCUCCUAUUUUGAUCAAACAAGAAGAAGAAAAGCAACAGCAACAGUUAGAUUUAGAGGAAAAGACUGGAGCUCCUUUGGUUCAAAAGGAUACGAAGAAGAAAGAGGGGAAUGAGGAGAGUAACAAGAAGAGUGUGGAGAUCAUUGUGCAGCAGCGCAGGAUGAUAAAACGGUUGAUUGGGUCUGCAUCUUCCAUAGGCAUUCUCCACAGACUGCUUCAGACACUGGAUUCGCAAUGCUCAUCCGACAGAAAGGUGCGGGAGGCCGCCGCGAGGAUUGUGGAGCACGUUGCUGGCAGGAUUCAUUUGGAGAAGUUCCCGCGAGGGAUCCAAUGCGUAUCUUCACUCAUCAACACCUUUGAAGAAUACCGCCGAUUACAGCCAUAUCGGUCAUUGCCGUCGUCAUCAAACAGAAAAGAAGCCACUGUGAUGACUCUGGCACCAUCGCCAAACACAAAAAAUUGUCAAGAACAGGAACAAGGCCGCAGCAGCAUCAAUACUUUGUCAUUUGAGUCAAACCCAGAGUACUUAGAGUCAGACUCAGAGUCAGACUCAGACAGUGACAUGGAUAAACUAUCAUUCUCUGAGCUGGUGGCUAUGGGGCACAACAAUUUGAAGUUCAGUAUCAUGUAUUGCAGGCAAAAAAUUAGUAAGAGCAGCAACACUGCUACUGCUAUUUCUUCUUCAUCAAAGUCAAAGUCAGACAACGGCAUCGAUCGGCCAUCGUCAUCUAAGGCCAACAGGAGCACAACCAAUCAGUUCCAUGGCUACAAAGAGCUGUUGUUGACUGGCCUGCACAUCCUUUGGAAACUUGCAGGCAGUGAGGACAACUGCACAGUCAUAAGCAACACCAAACAUCUUGUCUCCAAGAUUAUGGCACCUGUUAUCUACGACAUAGUGCACCAUGCAGGUCAUAGUGCAUGGUCCACUCAAGUAGUAGAGAGAUCACUUGGGGUGAUACUUAGACUAAUUGUGAAUACCAAGGGAGACACUGGGGCAGACCUCCGUCAACAAAUCUCAAGCGACAAAGGAUCAAUCGGCACUAAGAAAAAAAUUGUUGUCUGCGAAGAAUGCAAAGGCGGGGAACUGCAGAUGAAGGCCAUGCAGAUCCUGACGCAUCUAUGCAUUGAUGAAACUGCAAACAGAGGUAAUCUAACUAAGGUGCUCGUGAGAAUCUUCAUUAAUGGUGAUAGCAGCAACACCUCCAUCAGAAAGACUGCAGGCGAAACACUGGUGUUGCUGUUUCUCAGCAGCAAAAGCGUCGCCACCCUCCUCCCCAAGGAGGAACAUAAUGAGUUUGUUGGUGGUCUUGCUAAAAUACUUUUACAAGUUGGAGACAACGACACAUGCAGAAAAAAUGCUGCAGAAAUUCUGGAGCAUCUAUGUAUUCAGUUUGCUGAGAAUGGUGAAUAUCUCAGCACACUCAAGAACACCAUUACAGGUGUGAUGCCAGAGGUACUCAGAGAAAUAUGCCAUGGAUCAACAGGAGAAGAAGAAAAGCCUGAGUAUGCCAGAUCAGAUACUGACAUCGAAAGCCAAAGCGAAACCAAGAAGAAGAAAAGGAACAAGAAGAAGAAUGCUUCAUCCUCUCCAGGGCAAAACGAACAGCACAAGUUGUACGUCGCCCUGCUAUCCCUCUGUGUGACGGCGUGUGAGAAAUUACACCUUGAUCUGAAUGCAAUUUCGCUGGGACAAGCUAUGGAUCCAGGAGAAUGUGUUGCAUUCAGCCUUGCAACAAAGAUGGUACAGCUAAAUAGGGACCUCAUCACCGCCGACAGCCUGACAGCAAUGAAGCUUACCACUAGGAUGGUGAUAGCAGCAAUGAAGAAACUCGAGGGCAACGGCACCACUGUGGACCGAGCUAAUCUGGAGAGCCUCAUUGACUCCCUGUCUAGUGUUUCAGAGACCAUGUUGGAUCUGGAGGGAUGCAUAGUUUUCGCGAUGACGAAACCUGCCACUGUCGACACCCUCCAUUCCCUCGUGAAACAAGCACGGCAACUUCAUGCCAAAAUACAGGACCAAGACUUGGAAAUAGUGGCAGCUAGCUAG